AUGUUGGCCUUACAAAAAUUAACAUCUUCCCUAUUAAGGGACCAAGUAGCCAAUGGAAAAUAUGUCGCUGCUCUCAUUCACACAACGGCUGUUUGCGAGAAAACCCAGUCGGGUCGCUACCGCAUAACCACAAAACGUAACAAACCGCUUACCUAUGAAAUGGCCAAUCCUCCACAUUAUAUUGCCCAUCGUAAAUCAUGGAACUCUUGGAAUACUUCCACAAUGUUGGAUGGUCUACGUCCCUCGCAGACAGCCAUUGAGGAUUUAUUUAUACGUAAAUUUAUGAAUGGCACCUGGCAUUCGCUGAUGUGCUCCGAGGUUAUUAUUAAACGUCAACAUAAUAUGAUUCGAAUUGCCGGUAUAGUAAGACAGGCAAUUAGUGCCCGAAAAAUGUAUUUCCUAAUUGGUUAUACAGAGGAACUACUUUCAUAUUGGAUGCAAUGUCCGGUCACAUUGGAACUACAAACAGUACAAGACAAAAAUGAUGUUGUUUUCAAGUAUAUUUAA